AGUGAGCUAGAGAAGUGAUUGAGACACAGACAGAGGUUUAGUCUUGAUUUCUUCUUCUUUGUGUUGAUUCUUCUCCUCUUAAACAGACAGAGAAACUCCUGCUGAAGCGACUGAGCUCCACUAUUAUAAAGAUGGCCUUUAUUAAAGAGGAGAGUGAAGACCUGAAGAUUGAGGACACAUUCAGAGUCAAGUCAGAAGAUCCUGAGCAGCUAACAGACUUGAUGGAACUGAAAGAGGAGACUGAAGUGUUGGAUGAUGAAGAGGCAGAUCAAUACAACAAGCGUCUUGAUUUCAAAACUGAAGAAGAAGAUCUUCCAUGCUCGGAAAGUGAAACGAUUUCCUCAAGAACAGCAGCUCAAAUAUCUGAAAGUGGGAAUCCUUUGAGCUGCCAGCAGUGUGGAAAGAGUUUCAGACGACCUGGCCUGCUUAAAAUCCACAUGAGGAUCCACACUGGAGAGAAGCCUUACUCCUGCCAGCAGUGUGGAAAGAGUUUCAGUCGUAAAGCAAGUCUUAGUAGACAUUUAAGAGUUCACAACGGAGAAAAGCCGUACACCUGCAAACACUGUGGAAGGAGCUUCCCUUAUAAUGGGAGUCUCGCAACCCACAUGACCGUCCACACUGAAGAAAAGCCCUUCACCUGCCAACAGUGCGGGAAGAGCUUCAGCAGGAAGGGAAACCUUAGUAGCCACAUGAUCGUUCACUCUGGAGAGAAGCUGUUCACCUGCAAGCCGUGCGGAUUAAGUUUCACUCAAAAGCUAAGCUUUAAAACGCACAUCAUAGUUCACAAUAGCGAGACGCCGUUCACCUGCGAGCAGUGUGGAAAGAGUUUUGAUCAACAGGAAAGCCUUAAAGCACAUAUGAGAGUUCACACCGCGGAGAAACGCUUCACGUGCUCUCACUGCGGGAAGAGUUUCAGUCACAAACGACACUUCGAGGACCACAUGAGGAUCCACACUGGAGAGAAACCCUACACGUGCUCUCAUUGUGGAAGGAGUUUCAGCUACAGACAUCACAUCCGCGAUCACAUGAGAAUCCACACCGGAGAGAAGCCGUUCACCUGCGGCCGAUGUGGAAAGAGCUUCAGCCGAAAAGGAGUCCUCAACAGGCACGUGAUGCUUCACACCGGAGAGAAACCCUACACGUGCGGCCACUGCGGAAAGAGCUUCAAAUACAGACCAGCUCUUAAACAUCACAUGAAGUUCCACGUAUGAGGGAAAUGCUGUCAACAAUGUGCGAUCAGUUUCAGAGACACGAAAUGAACUGAAUGGAAAUGAGGAGUUUUAGGGUGUAUAGAUGUAUGUAAGUGUGUUUUGCAGUUGUGAAAUCCGCCAUGUCACUGUGUAGCCCAAGUCUGGUCGUCCGCUGAAGCCAAGCAGAGUUGAGCCUGAUCAGUACCUGGAUGGGAGACCACAUGGGAAAACCAGGUUGCUGUUGGAAGUGGUGUUAGUGAGGCCAGCAGGGGUGGAUAUCCUGCAGUCUGUGUGGGUCCUGAUGCCCCAGUGUAGUAAUGUGGAGAAUGUACGGCAAGAAGAUCUUUGAAUGAGACGUUAAACCAAGGUACAUGCAGAGUUUAUAUAGAUCAGCAGUGCUCGAGUUCAGUCCUGGAGGGCCGGUGUCCUGCAGAGUUUAGCUCCAACUUACCUCAACACACCUGCCUGGAAGUUACUAGUGUACCUAGUAAGAGCUUGAUUAGCUGUUUUGGGUUUGUUCAAUUGGGGUUGGAACUAAACUAUGGAGGACACCGGCCCUCCAGGAACAUGUUUGGGCACCCCUGUUAUAGUUACGAGUGGUGAUAAUAUGUUAAUGGGGUAUUAGCAGACGUAUGCGGGUGUAACCUGGGUCAAGCGCUUUCUGUGAGCUGUAUGCAGUUACAAAAUCGGAGCGUUUAAGGUCUGUUUUCUUUAAAAAUCAGUGAUCUUCACUGCCUGAUUCAUAUACGAUAUAAAGUGGGUCUCAGAAAGCAGAAGAAGCACAGCAUCACAUGUAAUUCCGCACCAUGUCUUUAAAAUAUGAACAUUUAUUUUUAUCUCAGAUUUUUCAAUGGAGUUUCUGUGAGUGGAGUGUAUACGGCUUUUCAUCUCGGUUUAUGUUUGAACAAAUAAAUGAACACUGAAGUCUA